CGAUCAUUUGUGCUGAAAUAUUCAAAUGAUAAAGAAAAUCUACAAUCAUCCGAACUAUAUAAUGCUCGUCUAUUAGGCAUAGCACAUCUUUCUUCACGAGACUCACCAUCUUGUCUUACUUUUGAUUAUCUAAUAACGGAUGACAAAUCUAAUAAAUUAUCUGUUUUUGUUCAUAAUCGAACUGUUUGGCGUAGUCGAUUACGUUCAGAACAAAGUGCUAUUCAUAUUCAAUUAAAUAUUUCAUCACCAUCAUCAACUAGCUCCUUACGAAUGGACACUCUUAUUGCAUUUGAUGGACAGGUAACAAACAAUGGACACAUUGAAUUGAAAAAUAUCUUAAUUACUCAUCAAGCAUGUCCUCCUUCAAUAUUAAAAAGCUCAAAUACUAAACGUUUAACUCUACCUUUCAAAUCAUCAAAUUCUCGAAUCAUUCCAUCGGUUACAACAAAGGCUGUUGCUGGUUAUGAUUGUACAUUUGAACAAGAUAUGUGUGGUUGGACACAAGAUCGAAAUAAUACUCUCGAUUGGUUUCGUGAACAACCUAUUUCGAAUAAUCUUGCUGGUAUUGUUGGUCCAUUAACUGAUCAUACAUAUGGAAAUUCAACUGGUUAUUAUCUUACAACGAGAUUAACAAUUCCUGUGAUUACAUUUUCAGACAUUGAUAUUUCAAUAUUAAUUAGUCCACGUUUACCAGAUAAUGUACCAGGUCCAAUGUGUGCUGAAUGGUGGUAUAUGAUGCAUGGUACAGAUGAUACUGAAGUUAACGUUUAUUUGAUUCCUAACGAAAAUUUUACUUCAACAAAAUCUAUUUGGAGACGAUCAGGUGAUCAAGGACGUCAUUGGCAACAUGGUCAAAUACAAAUUGAACCAGGAAAUAACAUUACACGUGUUGUUUACGAAGUUAUUGCUAUAUGGAGUAUUCGAUCAGAAGUGUCAUUAGAUGAUGUUCUACUUCUUGAUGGUCCUUGUAUUAAACCAGAUUUUCAUUCAAUAAGUUGCACAUUUGAAGAAGAACAUAUUUGUGGAUAUUCAUCAGAUCCAACUGGACAAUUAGCAUGGACUAGAAGACAAGGAGCAACACCAACAACCUUAACUGGUGCUAGUGAAGAUCAUACACUUGGAACAGCACAAGGCUAUUUUAUGUUUAUUGAAACAUCAUCUCCACAAAAACCUGGUAAUAAAGGACGAUUAAUAUCAGUUGUUGAACAACCACAAUAUGGUCGUUGUUUACAAUUUUGGUAUCAUAUGUAUGGUAGAAAUAUUGGUCAAUUAAAUGUGUAUAUGAGCACCAAUACAUCUGGUAAUGAUACACAUCCACUUGUUUGGUCACGUGGUGCUAAUGUUGGUAAUGUAUGGCGUAAAGCACAAAUUUCAACUGAGUAUAAAGACCCAUUUUAUAUCGUAUUCGAAGGUGUUGUUGGUAAUGGUAUUGAAGGUGAUAUUUCUAUUGAUGAUGUUGAACGUCUAGCUGUAUCGUGUAAAGAACCAAAUAACUGUGAUUUUGAAGGUGAUACUUUUUGUGGAUGGGAAAAUGUGAAACACACUGAUAAAUUUGAUUGGGAAAUAACAAGUGGCCCAUCAUCAAAUACACUUCUUAGUGGUCCAUUAACUGAUCAUACACUUGGAACAGACGAUGGUUCAUAUGGAUAUAUUGAUACAAAUAAGCAGCGAAAACUUAAUGAUACAGCUGUACUUAUUUCACAUUCAAUGACAGAUACUGGUUCAAGUGGAAUGUGUUUUGAAUUUUUCUAUCACAUGUUUGGUGAUGGUAUUGGUACAUUGACAGUAUAUUUACAAAAAGAAGGUUUUCAGCCAAUACCAAUGUGGACAUUAUCGGGUCAACAACAAGAUGAUUGGUUUCAAGGAAAAGUUGGUUUUAUUGUAAAUUCUGAUCAUUCAAUACUAAUCGAAGCCAAAAUAAAUCAAAAUGAUGAGGGUGAUAUUGGUAUUGAUGAUUUGUCAAUAACAAAUGGAUAUUGUCCAACAUAUCCAGCAUAUGCUGUACCACCUAAUAGCUUAACAACAGUACAACCAGUCGUAACAACGGGAGUAACAACUCCACCACGUCCAGUAACAGCUUAUGAUUGUGAUUUUGAAAGUGAUACAUGUUCAUCAUGGAAUAUAGUAUCGAAACCUGAACUUAGUUGGACACGUGUUCAAGGUCCAGCAGCAUCACAACAAGAUGCACAUAAUCCACUAUUUGAUCAUACAGGAUCUCAAUCAAAUGGAUAUUAUCUUUUACUUCAACCAAAUACAUCAAUACCCUUUCCUAGUGCUAAUAUCUCAAGUCAAUUUCGAAGUACAGCAAUGAAUAAUAAUCGUCAAUGUUUAGAAUUUUGGUAUUUCAUCUAUGGUUCACAUACUGGUACAUUAAGUGUUGAAAAGCUUUCUGGUAGUUCAUUUUCUCAAUUACGAUGGACAACAACCGGUGGUAAAGGUUAUGAAUGGUAUCAUGCACAAGUUAAUCUUCAAUCAUCGACAAGCAAUCCAACACAAUUUACUAUUGCUAUUGAAGGAACAUGGUCAGCAAAUAAUCGUGGUUCAAUUGCUAUUGAUGAUAUAACACUUCUUAAUGGUACAUGUCGAACAACAACUGAUCAAUGUGAUUUUGAUUCAGAUGAUUCAAUUUGUGGAUUUCAAAAUGAUCCAGCAGGACAAUUUAAUUGGAUACGUGGUUUAGCAUCUGCUGUUCAACAAGGUGUUAAUCCAAAUGUUGAUCAUACAACACAAACAGAUACAGGUUAUUAUAUGUUAGCAGAAGGAAAAAAUCGUAAUGAUAAUGAUCGUGCAUUACUUUUAACACCAGUUCAAGAUCGUACAACUGGAUCAUGUUUACAUUUUUGGUAUUUUCUACAUUCAAUAUCAAAAAUCAUGCAGUUAAGAGUUUCUUUAUCUCCACCUGGUCCGACAAGUUGGAUAUUUGGUGGAAGCUUCGACAAUCGUUGGUUAUAUACGCAAGUCAAUAUUCAAAAUCCUAGUCAAUCCUGGCAAGCCGUAUUUGAAGCUCAAGUUCUAACACAAAAUCCAGAUGCUAGUAUUGCUAUUGAUGAUGUUUCGAUUACAAGAGGUUUAUGUCCAAAACCAGGAGAUUGUACAUUUGAAAAUGAUUUAUGUGGUUGGACAACUAAUGAUAUUGAUGCUGAUAUAGAUUGGGUUAUUGGACAAGGUAUACAUGCACUUGGAACUGGACCACAAUAUGAUCAUACAACAAAUACAGCACAAGGAAAAUAUUUAAUGAUUGAAACAUUAUGGCCAACACUCCCAGGUGAUCGUGCACGUUUACAUAGUGUUGUUUUUGAUGCAACAAAUGGAGAUGCUAAAUGUUUUCGAUUUUGGUUUCAUAUGUAUGGUGAUUCAAUUGGAACAUUAAAUGUUUAUCUUUUUGAUGGUUCAUAUACACGUAUAUGGUCAUUGUCAGGUAAUCGUGGU